CCUUGGGCCGACUGCCAUCACAACAUGCCCCAAUGAUAGGGCCCAACAAUGGCAAGUACGCCACCCUGAGUAAACAGUGCAAAACACUCGAAUCGAAUGAUUUCUACUGAGAAUCGCCUGCCUGCAAUAUGUCUGCAGGCAGCAAUAAGCUAGAUAAGAAACUGACAGCAUCAACUGCAACGCUCUCCGAUAAGGAUCCGCGCGACAUCUCCAACAACGGUUUUAACCGGUUUGACCCAAAGUACGUCAGCAUCGGACCAAAAGCAAUCCGCAAUACAGUGAAUAAUGUCACGGCGAACGUGAACAAGUGUGCUACUCUGCGGCACGGUGGGCGCUACGGAGGAUCCCUGAGCCUUAGCGCGACCGCAGGUGGUGUGGGUGGGGCUGGCGGUGGUCAUCACGGAGCACCAGGUACCCGUUCCGGUACGAGUCCAAGUCCGAACCUGAAGAACGUUCAGCAACCGAUACUGAGCCAAAGUCAAACGCAGCAAUACAAGCAACAUCACCAGGACCGUCAAUUGGCCGCAUCGGGUGGCGGUGGUGGAGGAGGAGGGGAGCGUUCCGAACCAAAGCUCGCCAUCUCGACGGUGUCGAAGGAGUACAGCCAACAGUCGUCGACGUCGUACUCUUGUGCCACACUACCGUACAAGAAGCCGGGCAGUGGCUACACGGAAACAUCGACCGCACCAACCACGGUGACCACAUCGAUACUGAAGAAGGAAAGCAACUUGGAUAAUCAGCACCAGCAGCGCUAUGCGCCGACGGUCUACAGCAUCGAUACAUCAUCCUACCAUCAUCAGCGCGAGGGCAGUGGGGCGAGUUAUCACCAUUCCGCGCAAUCAGCUCAUCAGCAACAGCAGCAACAGCAAUUACAGCAACAGCAUCAACAGCAGCAGCAGCAGCAACAACAACAGCUGCAGUUGCAGCAGCAACAAACUCAUCACAGGUCGCUGUCGAGCACAAAUCAGCUGUAUCAAGAGACAGGGGCAGGAUCGGCGUUUGCUAGUCCACCACCGUCCAUCGCCUCAACGACAACGACCCGCUCGAAUGUAUCCAUCAUUAAUCAACCACUGCCGGACAUUCCCACAAGUGCCGGCGGUGGUGGUGGCGGUGGAAGCUCAAUUAAAAAUAACCAGCAACCGCUGUGCGCGGCUACCCUGAACCAAUACCGUUCACUGCAACGGCCACACAAGCAGCAGCUACAGCAGCAAAACAGUGGCGGCGGACUGUCCGUCGGAACCCCGACAGCGCUCACAGGGAAACCCACGAUACCGCCUAAAGUGACCCCACCGAUGUUGCCACCGAAGAAUCGCCACAAAGACGAUGCUCAGUACCAGAGCCGGGCUGCGGCACUAGCGUCCUCCAGUGCUGGCCCACCACUGCCAUCCUCGCGGCCUCAGCAACCGUUACCUCAACCACCACCACCACCACCUUCCGCCCAGUCCCACCAUCACCAUCACAGCAACCAGCAACCGGGAGCCGUAGUCGCCCACAGUGGUAAAUCCUCCUCCCAUGCUUCUCAGUACGGUGGUGGUGGCAUGUCGACGAGCAGCUUCAACGCGAUCCAGCAGCAGCUCCAGAACCAGCUGCAUUUCAAGCAAUACCAUCAGCUCACGCAGCAACCCUGGCAGCGGGAGCAUUUACCGCAGCAGCAGCAGCAGCUGCAGCACCAGCAGCAAGCAAUGGCAAGUGCCAACAACAGCGCCGGUAACAGCAGCAGUAGUACGUUUAUGAACUACGAACGCAAUCAAUCUGCGAGCUCCGGCAGCCGCAAUCGGUCGUACUCCGGUGGAAGUAGCAGUAUCGAUCAACCUCCUCACAUACCGCACUCCAAGCCGAGCAAUAUCGAGAAGGCGAAAAGCCAUCAUUCAUCGUCCAGCGGUGGUGGACCGCCCCCACCCAGUGGCUCAAUGGUGGCCAACUAUCAGACGCUUCCGAAAAAUCAUCAUCAUCAUCAUUAUCCCCAGCAGCAGCAGCAGCAACAGCAGCAACAGCAGCAACAAUACCAGCAACAGGGUCAAUCGAACUCGUUCGGCUCAACGAGCAGCGGUGGUCAACACCAGCAACAGCCGAAGAGCAUCCUCAGUAAAACACGUCCCAACGAAACGCGAGAAAGGGAGCAACGGGAGCGGGAACGGGAGCAACGAGAACGUGAUCGGGAUCGUGACCGAGAUCAUCCUGAUCACCAUCGCGUACGAGACCGAGAUCGGGAUCGGGAUCGGGAUCGAGAUCGGGAUCGGGAUCGGGAUCGAGAUCGAGAUCGAGAUCGUGACCGAGAUCGUGACCGAGAUCGGGAUCGGGAACGGGAUCGAGAUCGUGAUAGAGAACGUGAUCGAGAUCAUCGCGAUCGGGAUCGUGAUAGGGACCGGGACCGAGACCGCGAUCGAGACCGUUCGGAACGUAGCCAUCAUCAUCGCAACAGCAGCCACGAGUAUCAUCAUGACUCUAGCCACGGCAGCGCAACGGCCAACAGCAAAAACCCGAACGUUUACUACCGCUCACUGCAGCGCGGUGGUCUGCAGGCCAACAACGAUCUCUACUCGGUGACAGAAUUGUGAGAAAGGUUUGACUUUUAAGUUUGUUCUUAUGCCGCCUAAGUUCGACUUUACACCACACUCCUGAUCGAAGCGAAGCGAAAACCCGGGAAGAUUAUCAGGUGGAGCGACCGGAGAACGGAGUGAGCAGGCUUCUCCUCCAAGCCGCAUCAUAACACGCAAUUUGAUCGCGAGCGCUAAAAGGAAAACGUUUCUUCUUCCAGUCAGACAUGUUUUUCUGAUCCUUUUAUCUUUCACUCGUAGUCUUACAUUAUACAAACAUUUCGAAACUCGAUGCAAAUCAUUAAAAAAAACAAAAAUGUUUCUCGUACGUAAACCGGAACGAUACGUAACCGCGAAAAUUUCGACAUUUUUCCCUUCCACUCGAUGGAAGGCGUGUCAGCAAUAAACCGGAAGUGUGCGAAGUCCGGAAGGGAGGCCAAUCCAGUUAUGCAUUAUGCGUAUUUUAUCACAGUGAAGAUCGGAAAGGAGUAGAAAUCAUAAAGAGAAACAGAUAGAGGGAGAGCUAAAAAAAAUCCGACGGAAAUAAAACAGGAGCCACGAACAAAUCGAAAACACGAAAAUAGGCAACCACAAGACAGCCGAAUGAAAAAAAAAGGUGGCAUUGUGGUCCAUGCAGUACCAGGCGUGGUGGAGGCGGACAGGGCAAAAUAAUCUCACGAACCAAAACUCAAUUUUUACACAGGCUGAUUGUUGAUGGAAUGAAUGUCAUAGGUGUACAUAAGAAAAUGCGACAGAAUGGGUGAAAAGGAGGUACGCUAUCGGAAUAAAAGCGAUCAAUUUUACUGUUAAUGUUAUCAAAUACUGUCUUUUCAGAGUAAAGUAGAGCAAUCAUAAAAAUGUCAACAACAAACAAAAAAUAGCGAAAAAAAGAUAUUCACACAAAGCAAACGAAAAGUCAGAAAAAAGAAUUAAAAUAUAAAGUUCAUAUAGAGUUGGCUGGCGCAAAAAAAAAACAGAAGUCCCGCGAAAGGAUAAGGUCUAAAAUUCCACAUUACCACAAUGCAACAUUCC